GAGGCACCACCACCAGGAGUUACUAUACACCUGUACGUACCUGACUACUCUGCUGGGCGUCUCCCUAAUUUACCAACAACGUCCUCUCCCUCCCGCAAUCAGUGACAAGUGUGGCCGUGACAAGACUGGAAUGACUACAUCCGCCACAGCUGUCACAACCUGCUUGACAAGACAGCCUCAGAUGGCUUACUAAUUGUCCAGGGCGUGAGUGGACAGUUUACGAGGGAAGAGCGCUCCUCCUAACCUAACCUAACCCUACCUGAUCUAACCUACCUGACCUAAACUAAUUUAACCUAUUCUAAACUAACCUAACUUAACCUAAUCCUACCUGACCUAACCCAACCUAACCUACCUGACUAUUGUACCUGGAGUGGAUAGUUGGCAAGAGGAAUCAAGUCUUAAGUCCACCAGGCAAGAGUAACCGAGUUCUUCCAGUACCAGACAAGGGUAAACAACUUGAGGUUGAGGUGGAGAGGUUACUUGAGGUCGGUGUGGUGUGUGUGGUGGUAGAGGUGGAGGAUGAGUCUACCACACGGAGAGAUAGCUAUUGGUGGUAGCGGUGGUAUUGUGGGCCAUGGUAGCGGUGGUAUUGUGGGCCAUAUAUCAGUAUUAACCUCCUCACCAUCACCACCCGCCUACCAUACCACCACUAAUUCACCACCCACCUACCAUACCAGCUCACCACCCGCCUACCAUACCACCACUAAUUCACCACCCACCUACCAUACCAGCUCACCACCCACCUACCAUACCAGCUCACCACCCACCUACCAUACCAGCUCACCACCUAUGUCCUCCCCACAAGGCAGCUACCACCAUCACCACCACAACAACAACACCAACAGUGGGACGUCUUCUCUGAAUUUACCACCGCCCUUGUCACCUAUGUCUCACACUCCUGCCACACACUCCGUCAUCGUGCCCAACUCUGCAGUCAUCCAUCACCAAGGCAAUACCUCCCUAUGCAACGUGGGCGUGUCCAUCAUGGGCGGCGGGGGCGGGGGAGGUGAGGUGGUGACGAACAUAGGGGGAGUGAAUAACCUGGUGGGCCUUGCGUGCUCCAUUUGUGGGGACCGAGCCACGGGGAAACACUACGGUGCCCACUCCUGCGAUGGCUGUAAGGGCUUCUUCCGUCGCUCCGUCAGGAAGAACCACACGUACAGCUGCAGGUUCAACAGGGCGUGUACCGUCGACAAAGACAAGAGGAACCAAUGUCGCUACUGCAGGCUGAGGAAGUGUAUCAGAGCUGGCAUGAAGAAGGAAGCUGUGCAGAAUGAACGUGACCGCAUCAGUACCCGCCGCCCCAGCUAUGACGAGCCCGGGGGGUCUACAGGCAUGACGCUGACAACCCUCCUCAACGCUGAGCAUCUCUCUCGUCAGUUCUCACCAGCAGUGGGAGAGAUAAGUGUCAUGAACAAGAAGGUGGCCGGGGUGAUGGACGUGUGUGACAGCAUGAAACAGCAGCUUCUCAUCUUGGUCGAGUGGGCCAAGUACAUCCCUUCCUUCUGUGACCUCAUUCUCGACGACCAGGUGGCACUGCUGCGGGCCCAUGCAGGGGAACACCUGCUGCUGGGGGCUGCCUGGCGCUCCCUCAACCUCCAAGACAUGAUCCUACUUGGCAACGACUGUGUCAUCCUCAGGAACUCCUCUGGUAUUAGUGACCUUGAGAUAGAGUUGAGUAGGAUAGGUCAGCGGGUCAUGGACGAGCUAAUACAGCCACUUCGGGGCGUCCAGGUGGAUGAACAGGAGUACGCUUGUCUCAAAGCCAUCGUCUUUUUUGAUCCAGUCAUUCGAGGUCUUCGUAAUGUGGAGAGGGUGAAGGCUCUGCGCUAUCAAGUACAACUACUCUUAGAGGACUACAUUAAUGACCGGCAGUAUGAGUCCCGGGGCAGGUUUGGGGAGGUCCUGCUCACACUCCCGGCACUACAGUCCAUCACCUGGCAGAUGAUAGAACAGAUCCAGUUUGCUAAACUCUUUGGGGUUGCGAGGAUUGACAAUCUGCUGCAGGAAAUGCUCCUGGGUGGAGCAACUGCUGAUGCUGUCAAUGGUGUGUCGGGUAGUUCUGGAGGUGGAUAUGGCGGAGGCGACGGAGGCAUUGGAAUGGGAGUCCCAGUUCCUCCCCCUGGUGGAGUCGGCCUCCCGAUACCUUUAGGAGCGGCCACAGCAGCGGGAGGCGGAAUGGCCAUGGGAAUGAAUGUCGGUGGUGAGAACUUGCAGGUACCCACGUCUUCCCACUGCGGCUCUCAGAGCCUGUCCCCAUACAACAGUGGUGAAGGGAGUAAUGGUCACUUGGGUGUUAUCAUUCGGGAUGGGACAAAGGACCAUAGCCAGCCCAGAGUGGAGAGAACUUUUAAACAAGAGUGUACUGACUCAAAUUAUGAUCUGUGAUGCUUGUUGGCAGUCUGUGUGUGGUGUUUGUGUUUCAGGUGCUUCAGCCGUCAGGGUUAUGUACAUCAUUAUACAGGAUCACUUAUAAAGGUCAUACAAAAGUAACAAAAACAAACUUUUUAGACUUCAUCAACUUGAGGAAGGACUCGGGUAGGCAAUGGGAUUCCAUUAAUGCAUAAGAAGAUGGUGUAGCCAACACUGAUAAGGUUUUGUAGAGAUUUUUAAAUGUUUUAAUGAAUAAAUGUUUACAAUAAU